UGUGGAUUCAGUACGGAAAGGUUCGCUGUGAUUGGCUUAUCUGUUUAUCAAACAAACCGUUUAGUGUUAACUUAAGGCUUACCCGCAAUUGUGUUUGUACAGCCAUACUUAGCAUGAUUGUUCUCGCGUGCUUGGAUAUUAUUUUAUAUUAAAAGAAAAUAAGCUAUUCACAAUAGUAUCGCGCAACAAACAGUCUUUACUGACACGAUUGUUUACUGAUACUAGUACAUACGAAAGGCAAAUAUCCAAUUUAAGUAAAUCCACUACAUUCUAAGUUUGGAUAUGCGUUGACUAGAUAAAUAAGUGUAAACGUGCUUGGUAAAUAAACAAAAAUGAGUAAAGAAGAAAAGCAGGACACAAAAGAAGAAUACAAUCCGUUUGAGCACAGGGUAGUUGAAAAGCCAAGUUCAGAUGUGAGAGCCACAGCAAAUAUAAUCAAAGCCUCGCUUGGAUCAGGUCUAUUGGCCGGCCCUCUAGCAUUUGCAAACUCUGGAUGGGGCAUUGGAUUAUUGGGCACUUUUCUGGUCGGACUUAUAUGCGGGCACUGCGUGCACAUACUAGUGAAAACAUCCCGUGGUUGCUGCAAGCUUGAAAGAAAACCACAACUUAACUACGCUGAAACAUGUAAAGCGGCAUUUCAAAAUGGCCCAAAAUGCGUUCGACCGUACGCGGCGGGUGCGAGCAUUUUCGCGGAAAUUGCGAUGCUAUUAACCUACGUAGGCGUCUGCUGUAUUUACACCAUCCUCAUAUCAGACUCAAUCAAACAGUUAAUUGACAGAUAUGUACCAAGCUUUAACCUCGCAAUAGAAUACUACUGUCUAAUCACGUUAGUGCCGAUAUGUUUGCUGUGCCAGAUAAAGUAUUUGAAAUGGCUUGCUCUGUUCUCGCUGUUGGCCAACUUGUUCCUGUUUCUGACGUAUUUGAUCUGCCUUUAUUACGUGUUUGGAGACGAGAUUUCUAUUGCGGACAAGAGGGCUGUGGGCGACCCUGCGAGAUUUCCUGCUUUUAUAUCAACCGUAAUCUUCGCCAUGGAAGGCAUAGGAGUGGUGAUGCCAGUGGAAAACGCAAUGAAGAAACCACAACAUUUCCUCGGUUUCCCCAGUGUGCUCUUUGUCGCUAUGUCCAUGAUCGUCUUCUUCUACAGCACUUUGGGACUAUUCGGUUACUUGCGAUAUGGUGAUGUGUUACGAGGUUCUAUCACUUUGAACCUUCCUAUAGAUGACUGGCCAGCAGUUUGCGCUAAAGUCUUCAUAGCACUAUCUAUAUUCUUCACCUACCCGCUACAGUAUUUCGUUGUCUACGAUAUUUUCAAAAAAUAUGCAGAUCCCUACUUCAGUGAUAAAUAUCGAGUUGUAACAGACGUGACAACUAGGACCAUCGGUGUUUGUAUAUGUGUGGGACUAGGCAUCGCGCUGCCAUUGUUAGAGCAAAUUAUCAACCUUGUUGGCGCUUGCUUCUAUUCUAUUCUUGGUCUGAUCAUCCCUGGCAUUAUUGAGACAGUUUUCAAAUGGGAAAAUCUUGGGAAAUGCAAGUGGGUUCUCUGGAAGAACAUAAUAAUUGUCCUUUUUGGAUUAGGCAGUUUGGUCUCAGGUUGCACCGUCACCAUAAUGGAUAUUAUAAAAAUAUUACACAAUAAAACAGAUUGAUUGAUAUACACAGAAAAUCUCGACUAGCUUUAGCAGAUUUUAAAUAAUUUUGUUAAUUUAUUUCAUAGAAUUUAAUUAAAUACGUAAUAUAAUAAAGUGCAUUACAAUCAGA